UUGGAGAGGGAGGCUCGGCGUGGGCCUCGGCGCGGUGGCUGUGCCCGGCCUAGGCUCGCUGGGGCCGAGGGAGCGCGAGUGCUGGUCGGAUCCCGGGCGACCGCGCGGUCAUGGCCGACUACUGGAAGUCUCAACCAAAGAAAUUCUGUGAUUACUGCAAGUGCUGGAUAGCAGACAAUAGGCCUAGCAUUGAAUUUCAUGAAAGAGGAAAGAAUCAUAAGGAAAAUGUGGCAAAAAGGAUCAGUGAGAUUAAACAGAAAAGUCUGGAUAAGGCAAAAGAAGAAGAAAAAGCAUCAAAGGAGUUUGCUGCAAUGGAGGCAGCUGCUCUGAAAGCAUACCAGGAGGAUUUGAAAAGGCUUGGCUUAGAAUCAGAAAUUCCAGAGCCAAGCAAAUCACCAAUAGCCAGCACUACCCCACCCACCUCUUCAUCAAAUCAACAGAAAGAAAAGAAGAAAAAGAAGAAAAAAGAUCCUCCAAAGGGUAGAUGGGUAGAAGGCAUAACUUCUGAAGGUUACCAUUACUAUUAUGAUCUCAUCACGGGAGAACUGAAUAAUCUGACUAUUAAAAUAUGUUGGGCAGAAUCCAAAUGGGAAAAACCUGAUGACUUUAUUCCACAUGCUGGUGAUGUGCCUUCUAAAAGUACAGUAGAUGAAAAAUCAGUUGGCUCUCUGGAAGAAUCCAAAUCUUCAGUUUCACGUAGUGACUCCACUGGAGAACAAGAGGCAGAAGGAGAGAUUCCAACAGAAAGAGAAAAGCUAAAAAUAACGUUUAAGGAAAAAAAUAAAAACAGUAACAAAAGAACAGAGCCAGAAUCAAAGAAAGAAAAAACUACUCAAAAACAGAAUUCAAGUCCAAAGGAAGAAAAAUCCAAACCUCUUAAAAAAACAAACCCAUAUGGAGAAUGGCAAGAAAUCAAACAAGAGGUUGAAUCUCAUGAGGAUGUAGAUUUAGAACUUCCAAGUGCUGAAAAUGAGUAUGUAUCAACUUCAGAAGCUGAUGUUGUGGAACCCAAAGUAGUAUUUAAAGAGAAAACAGUCACUUCACUUGGAUUUGCAGCAGAUGGAGUAGCCCCAGUCUUCAAAAAGAGAAAAUUAGAAAAUGGAAAAGCUAGAAAUUUAAGGCAGAGAGGUGGUGAUGAUCAGUAGUUGCAAAGGCUUUUAUAUAUGAAUUGGACAGAUGGAAAUUAAAACCUCUUAAAGUUUCUCUCUGUGUUUGCUUCAAAAAACUUGGAUGCUAAAAAUUUAGAUUUGUUCUAAAUGUAUUUUUUGUGGAUUAAAAUAAAUCUUUUUUCAUGUGAAA